CACAGUGUCAAAUAUCAUCUCGCUAUGCGGCUUGGUUUUGUUCUUCCAUGACAGAAGUUGGUGCGGCAACACUGCAUACGUAUGAAGCAAAAAAUUUAAACAUAACCUAAACUUUCAAAUAAGCUCGGAUCUAAAAGAGCUUGAAGAGUAUAUUUUUAAAAAUAGUUUUAAAACCAAUAUCAAUAUUUAUUUUAAAUGAAAUUCUUCUGUAGGUGGAGCCUUUUUAAAAUGUUGAAAUUGUUUAUUACUCUUUUAAACCAUUCAAAAAUAUCACUUCCUUAAACUAUUCGUCUUCAUUUAUAUAUGGGUCAUUACAUAAUUUUAAUAGUCAAUUAUAGAUGAGAUGGACGAAUUAAUGUUUAGAAGUUCUCAAAGAAUUGAACAUUUUCAGGUUCAAAGCCGUUUACUUGCUGUUAAUGUGAAAGAGGGAUUAAUUAUCUAUAUUAACGAAGGAAAACUCUUAAUUCAUAAAAUAUGGAGUAGCCCACAUCUAGAUAAUUUUAGAAUUAACUUGAAAGAAAGUACAUUAAGAACUAUCUCAUUUAGUAGAGAAUUAAAGGUCAAAAUAAUAAAUAUUGUAAAUCCUAAACAAAUAUAUAUCGCAUUGCUGAAUGUAUUUGGUAAAAAAUGGACUACACGAGAUAUUUGCUUUGCUUGUGGUGGUUUAAUAAUAGGUGGUAUAAUUGGAUUUUCAAUAGGUCUAGCUGUUAAAAGAAGAGAACCUAUUUUACGAUACAUGCAGGCCAUUCACUGUACUAACUAUAUGGGACCAGAGUCUAUCACUGUUGUAGAAGAUGCAUUUGCUCCAUACAAAUGCACGGAUUACAACGUUUUGGUCAAUGUAAAGGCAGCAUCAGUCCAGUUGGUCGAUAUUCAAAUAUGCCAUGGUUAUGGAAGAAAUUUGAGACGAAUUUUACAGAGGAUGUAUUCACAAUCGAACGCUGACAUGCCCAUUAUAUUAGGUAGAGACUGCACCGGUAUUAUUACUGACAUUGGUUCGAAAGUAACAAGAUUAGAGGUUGGGGAUGAAGUUUGGCUAACGGUACCGUUUUGGGCCCAAGGAACUCUCUGUCAAUCAGUAUUAAUUCAAGAAAAUCGCGUCGCUAGGAAACCAAAAAAUGUGGGAUUUGAAGGAGCCACUAGUCUUCCGUACUCGGGCAGUUUAGCUUUAUCGACGUUGAUAGAGGCUCGGUUAGAUUCUAUGAAUGCAGAAGGAAAAAAAAUUCUUGUACAUGGAGGUUGCACACCAGUAGGAUGUGUACUUGUCCAACUUCUCAGUCAAUGGAAAGCUUCAGUAACCGUCACAUGUUAUAGACGGGCCCUGCCUGUAGUGCACGCCCUUGGGGCUGCAGAUGCGAUCGUUAUACCUGAAGACUUUACUCCUAGCGAUAAAUUCGAUUCUGAAAUCAAUGUUCAAGAACAAAACGAAGUGAUUUUAAAAGAAUUGGAAAACAGAGGAGACAGUUUUGACGUUAUCAUUCAGACGGAAAGAUAUUUCGAAUUGACGAAUAAGGAAUUGAGUCAAUUCCUUAAGAUCGAUGGUACUAUAUUUUCUACGUUACCGCCUGAAAUUGAAUCCGACUCGAACGGGACGUUUAGUAAUUUUUUGUUGUGGCUCUAUGUGAAUUUAAGAUAUAAAUUACAGAGCUUAUUAGGAUUGCCGAUUAAUACAUAUGACGAAACCCACUUGUGCUCUGUUACUUUAGACAAACUAUCGCAGUUAGUUGAAGAUGGUUAUCUGCAAACGGUCGUCGACAAAAUUUUUCAACCUCAAGAUAUAGAAAUAGCUAUUAACCAUGUACAGAGUCCUCUUUCUAUUGGUAGCACAAUUAUUACGUUUCGAUAAACCAGAUUAGUUACCGGAAUAAUAUCAAAGUCACUGCCUUUAUACUUAAAAAAAUAUAUCUGAAUCUGUUAAUAGCUAAAAAACAAGUUAAGGAGUUGACUGAAUAAGUCAAAAUAUGACGGAAAAUUUAAGAAUUGUUAGGUUAUUAGUAAUAGUGGUGAUUUGAAAGUUUUUAUAUGUUGUUUUGACGUCUGUUAUGGUAUGGUGAGUUUAAAUGAGUAGUAUUAUGAAAAGACCCGUCAAAUUCAGUUUUUUUUUACAAAUUCUUACAAAAAUAGUAAUUUUUUUUCAAUUAAUAGUUAAGUUUCUAUAAAAAUAAAUCUAAGAUUGACGGGUUAUUGCAUAAUUGCUUAAAUACAGAAAAUAUAUAAUUUAGGCCAAUAACUAAUAUAACCUUGAUAAAAUAUACAAGUCUUAUUUAUAUGGUGCUAUGAUGACAAUUUAUUGACUGUAUUUUUUUAUUGAAAAUAUAUGUAUUGAUUUAUUUAA